CUUGUCAUACAAUAUAAGCUGGUUCCAGUUAAUCUAGUUGGUUACACUAGACUGGUACACCUGACCUGAUGAGUCUAUUGGCUUGGUAAAACACCUUUCUUCCCAGUGAAUAAAUGGAAUGAUGGAGAAUACUCCGAUACACCUUUUUCCACUUUGGUUUCUGUGAACCCUGCAGUUCUCCAACAGAAAAAUACUGAGACGAUUUGACCAGUUUUUACAGUUUGAGAACCAUGGCCCAUGGUUCAGUGACGUUCAGGGAUGUGGCCAUUGACUUCUCUCAGGAAGAAUGGGAAUUCUUGAACUCUGCCCAGAAGGACCUCUACAGAGAUGUAAUGUGGGAGAACUAUAGCAACUUUAUCUCACUAGCAGGCCCUUCCAUAUGUAAACCAGAUAUGAAUGUCUUAUUGGAUGAAGAAGGAAAGGAACCCAGCACAGUUGUGAAAGAAGGGACAAGAAGAUACAGCCCUGAUUGGGAGUCCAGAUACAAUGCCAAUACUUCAUCUCCAGAAAGGGACAUUUAUGAAAUAUUUUCCUUACAAUGGGAGAUAAUGGAAAGAAUGAAAAGCUAUAGCUUACAGGGCUCCAUCUUUAGACAUGAUUGGGCAUGCAAAAGCAAGACCGAGGAGCAAAAAGAACAAGAAGAGAGUUAUUUGGGCCAGGUGAAACUUACCUCUGGUAAAGUUACUACUUACAAAAAGCACAGUUUUCUUACUGACUAUCCAAGAGUUCAUAAUGGAGAGAAGCUGUAUGAAUGUAAGGAAUGUCAGAAGACCUUCAUUCGGCGCUCAACACUUAGUCAGCACCUAAGGAUCCACACAGGUGAGAAACCUUAUAAAUGUAAGGUUUGCGGGCAGCCCUUUAGACAGCGAGCGCACCUCAUUCGCCAUCACAAACUUCAUACUGGCGAAAAACCCUAUGAGUGCAAGGAAUGUGGGAAGGCCUUUACAGUGCUCCAGGAACUAACGCAGCACCAGAGACUUCAUACCGGGGAGAAACCCUACGAGUGCAAGGAGUGUGGGAAAGCCUUUCGCGUGCACCAGCAGCUGGCUCGGCAUCAGAGGAUCCACACCGGAGAGAAACCCUAUGAGUGUAAAGAUUGUGGGAAGACAUUUAGACAGUGCACGCACCUGACUCGACACCAGAGACUCCAUAAUUCCGAGAAGCUCUAUGAAUGUAAGGAAUGUGGGAAAGCCUUCGUGUGUGGCCCAGACCUUAGAGUACAUCAGAAAAUCCAUUUUGGCGAGAAACCCUAUGCAUGUAAGGACUGUGGCAAGGCCUUUCGAAUAUGCCAGCAACUGACCGUCCAUCAGAGUAUUCACACGGGCGAGAAGCCCUACGAAUGUAAGGAAUGUGGGAAAACUUUUAGGUUACGGCAGCAGCUUGUCCGCCAUCAGAGAAUCCAUACCCGUGAGAAGCCCUAUGAGUGUAUGGACUGCUGGAAGACCUUCAGCAGUUACUCCCAACUCAUUUCCCAUCAGAGCAUUCAUGUGGGCGAGAGACCCUAUGAGUGUGAGGAGUGUGGGAAGGCCUUUCGCCUGCUCUCCCAGCUCACACAGCAUCAGAGCAUUCACACCGGCGAGAAGCCUUAUGAGUGUAAGGAGUGUCAAAAACCUUUCAGACUGCUCUCCCAGCUCACUCAGCAUCAGAGCAUUCACACAGGCGAGAAGCCUUACGAAUGUAAGGAAUGCGGCAAGGCCUUUAGACUUUAUUCAUUUCUCACCCAACACCAGAGAAUUCAUACUGGAGAGAAACCCUACAAAUGUAAGGAGUGUAAAAAGGCCUUUCGACAGCAUUCACACCUCACUCAGCAUCACAAGAUUCACAAUGGAGCUUAAGACAAGAAACCAUUCUGGUGGACAUACUAUGUUACAGCAUCGGAAUGUCCAUGUUAUUCAAUAAUGUAAUGAAUGUAGGCAAAAAUCUUCAGCUCCAUUUUCCUUCGUCAUUACUAUUGUGAUUUUUUUUGGACCAGAUAUUAAUCUUUUGUACCUACUUUGCUCAUUGUAAAAUGAUAAUAGUCCUUAUGUGUGUUAGCUAUUUAUUGCUGUAUAAUAAAUUACCACAAAACUUAGGGCUUAAAA